CUUCUCAAGACUCUUCCUCCGUUCCAGCCAACUCGAAUGAUCAUUUUUCUCUUUGAUAAUCUGAUGUCUACUCAUUAAUAAGCGUAACUGGGGUAGGUAGAAAGAUGACUGCUGCAACUUCCGCUCCAUCUUCUCCUUCAGCCUUAUUCGGUAAACGCUGCAACCACAGCGAGGCCCAGAAGUGGAGUUGUAGGCCUGCCAUUUCCAUUUCCAUUUCCAGGUCCUCGGAAUUCCUCGGCCUUCCUCUUCCCAACCAACCCAACUCUCAUCCUCCGAGUGUGAGGCAGAGGAAGCGCAACACUCGCUGGUGUGCCCACAGAGACAAACGGACUCCCUGGGUUCUAUUACCUAGGGCAGAGGACAAGGAGGAGGAGGAGCAGCAGCAGAAGAGAAAGAAGAAGGAGGAGGAAGGCGUUUCCAUCACACUUGAUGAUGUCAAUCCGGUAGGGCUGGGGCGCCGAUCGCGUCAGAUCUUCGAUGAAGUGUGGCGUAAGUUUUCCGGGCUGGGUCAGAUCUCAAGGACCCGCAUUGAUGAGAGCCUUGACACCGUCCUUAUCCGCGAGGGUCCCAUGUGCGAGUUCACUAUCCCAGGUGCUCAGAAUACCACCGUCCUUGUGGUUGGAGCCACCAGCAGAAUUGGUCGGAUUGUCGUCCGAAAACUCAUGCUCAGAGGAUACAAUGUCAAGGCUCUUGUAAGGAAAGCCGGACGGGAAGUUAUAGACAUGCUUCCAAGGUCAGUGGACAUUGUGAUUGGGGAUGUGGGGGUGCGCUCAACCCUCAAGGCCGCUGUGGAAGGCUGCAACAAGAUAAUCUAUUGUGCCACUGCUCGUUCCACUAUCACCGGCGAUCUCAACAGAGUUGAUCAUCAAGGAGUAUACAACGUCACCAAAGCAUUUCAGGAUUACAACAAUAAACUAGCACAGCUACGAGCCGGGAAAAGUAGCAAGACCAAGCUCUUGCUGGCUAAGUUCAAAUCCGCUGAGUCUCUAGAGGGGUGGGAAGUUCACCAGGGAACUUAUUUUGAGGAUGUCAUUGCUACCAAGUAUGAUGGAGGCAUGGAUGCUAAAUUUGAGUUCACAGAAUCAGGGAAUGCUGUUUUCUCAGGGUAUGUCUUCACCAGAGGAGGAUAUGUGGAACUGUCAAAAAAGCUUUCACUUCCUUUAGGUUGCACCCUUGAUAGGUAUGAUGGUUUACUUCUUUCUGUUGGGGGAAAUGGAAGGUCAUUUGUUUUAAUUCUUGAAGCUGGUCCAUCUGCGGAUACAACUCAAAGCAAAAUGUAUUUUGCAAGAAUGAGCUCAAAAGUAGGCUUCUGUAGGGUCAGAGUGCCAUUCUCGUCUUUCCGCCCUGUGAAACCUGAUGACCCGCCUCUGGAUCCAUUUCUUGUACAUACAUUAACCAUGCGUUUUGAACCAAGAAGGCAGAGGCCUGUUGAAGGGCCUGCAGAAAUGAAGCAGGACCUGAGAAGCUUCAAAUUGAUACUGGAAUACAUAAAAGCCUUGCCUACUGGACAAGAAACAGACUUUAUACUGGUAUCAUGUACAGGAUUAGGAAUUGAGUCUAGUAGGAGAGAGCAGGUUGUGUCAUUGAGCUUUUUACAGGCUGGAGAGGAUUCACUAAGAAGGUCAGGCCUUGGUUACACAAUUGUUCGCCCUGGUCCUCUAAAGGAAGAACCAGGUGGACAACGUGCGCUUAUCUUUGACCAAGGGAACAGGAUUUCUCAGGGCAUAAGCUGUGCAGAUGUGGCUGAUAUCUGUGUGAAAGCAUUGCAUGAUUCAACUGCAAGGAACAAGAGCUUCGAUGUAUGCUAUGAAUAUGUGGCAGAGCAAGGGAAGGAGCUUUAUGAACUUGUGGCGCAUUUACCAGACAAGGCAAAUAACUAUCUGACACCAGCUUUAUCAGUUCUAGAGAAAAACACCUGAUCUCUUUUAAACAAAAUGUUUUACCCUGGUUGUUUUUCAUUUCCACAAGACAGUUCUCUAUUCAUCCAAGUUCUGUAUAUGAUUUCUUUCAGUGAAUAGAGAUGUAAAUGUGUCAUCUAUUCAUCUAAAGGUUCUGUAUAUGAUUUCUUUCAGUAU